AUGGCGAAUACCUCGAGGACAGAAACUGUCACUCCGGCAGUCAUACACAUCGUUUCUUCUUCUGCCUCACCGCCUGCUGCAACAGCCGAAGAUGCAGCGGCUGCAACAGCUGCAGCAGCUGAAGCAGUAGAGACACCAAAGCAAGUUGCGUGGGUGGAGGGCACGCUUGACAAUGAGGACUUGGGGAGGAAAAGCAGCAAAGUCUGCUGCAUCUACCACAAGCCCCGCGCUUUCGGGGAGAGCAGCAGCAGCAGCAGCAGCAGUGACAGUGACAGCGAAGGGGAAGAUAAAGCAGCCGGUUCGAAAAAAACGGGGGGUAAAAAGAAAUCCCGAAAGUGCAAACAUCACAGAUGUCCAAAGCCAGCAGACGGGGAAGAGACGGCAUCUUGA